AUGGCUCUGUCGCUACUGUCGCGGCGCACGCAAUGCCAUCUAGCUCGGCUGCCCUCCACCGAGACCGCCCUCGCGAGGCCUUUCCAUGUGGCUUUGGUGGCUCGCGCAAAGAGCCUGCCCCCGCGGCCAAAGCCACCUCCUGAAUCGGAGAUUGAGGAGUCUUACCUGAAAGGCAGCGGCCCGGGUGGGCAAAAGAUUAAUAAAACCAAUUCCGCCGUCCAACUCAAACACAUCCCGACCGGUAUAGUCGUAAAGUCACAAGCUACGAGAUCCCGCGAUCAGAAUCGAAAACAAGCGCGCGAGAUUCUGGCCCAAAAGGUCGACGAUUUACUUCAUGGCGAUCAGAGUCGCUCUGCUCGAGUUGGCCAGAUUAAGCAGAAGAAAGCGGCGAGUGCGGACAAGAAGAAACGACGUAAAUAUAAAAAGCUUGAGGAAGAGUCUACUAGCACGGCCUCUACCGAUGCACCAGGCGAACUUGAUGGAAGCGAGGAGAAAGAGCCAGGCCACCUCGAGGUCGAUGCGGGUGAUGCCAUCAAUCCCAGAUCAAAGGCACCAUGA